GCGGCGGCGGCAGCGCUCCAACUCGCUCCACGCUCCGGGCUCCGCCGUCGAGCCGGGAGAGAGCCUUUGCCGAGCAGCCAGGCACCGGGCCGGACGACGCCAGCCACCCGGGCCCCUUGGAGGCACCGCGCUCACCCAGGGCCGGCACAGGCACCCAAAGCCUAGAACUCCAAGAUGGGAGGCAAGCUGAGCAAGAAGAAGAAGGGCUACAAUGUGAACGACGAGAAAGCCAAGGACAAAGACAAGAAGGCUGAAGGCGCGGGCACCGAGGAGGAGGGGACCGCGAAGGAGAGCGAGCCCCAGGCGGCCGCCGACGCCGCCGAGGUCAAGGAGAGCGCGGAGGAGAAGCCCAAGGACGCGGCGGACGGCGAGGCCAAGGCGGAGGAGAAGGAGGGCGACAAGGCGGCGGCGGCCAAGGAGGAGGCGCCCAAGGCCGAGCCCGAGAAAAGCGAGGGCGCCGCGGAGGAGCAGCAGCCCGAGCCCGCGCCGGCGCCCGAGCAAGAGGCGGCCGCGCCCGGGCCCGCUGCGGGCGGCGAGGUCCCCAAGGCCGGCGACACCGCGGGCACCGAGAGCACGGGCGCCGCUGAGGAGGAGGGCGAGGCCAAAAAGACUGAGGCUCCCGCCGGCGGCCCCGAGGCGAAAAGCGACGCAGCCCCGGCUUCAGACUCUAAACCUAGUAGCGCCGAUGGCGCACCCUCGUCCAAGGAGACGGCCGCGGCCUCGGAGGCGCCCAGUUCCACGGCCAAGGCCACCGCGCCCGCUGCGCCCCCCGCCGCCACCACCGAGCCGCAGGCCGAGGCCCCCGCCGCCCCUGCGGCCAGCUCUGAGCAAAGCGUGGCCGUCAAAGAGUAACCGGGACAGCCUAGCCAGAACCGACAACGCCACUUGCAAACGACCUGUCUCACGCUCUCUCUGUCUCUCACUCUGUCCUCUCUCUGUCUCUCUAUCCUAUACUAACUUGUUUCAAAUUGGAAGUAAGGAUAUGUAUUGCCCAAGGGAUUAAAAAGAAAAAGAGAAAAGGAAAA